AUGUCCUGGAUCUUGGGGCCUUUGGUGCUCUUGUUGGUAUGGUUAAUGAAGAUCGCUGCCAGCCCCCAUUCGCUGAGGAUUGCCGCCAUUUUGGACGACCCCAUGGAAUGCAGCCGAGGGGAACGGCUCUCCAUCACACUGGCCAAGAACCGGAUCAAUCGUGCCCCUGAGAGGGCAGGGAAAGCCAAAGUGGAAGUGGACAUCUUUGAAUUGCUGAGAGAUAGUGAAUAUGAAACUGCCGAAACUAUGUGUCAGAUCCUUCCCAAAGGAGUGGUUGGUGUCCUGGGCCCAUCCUCAAGUCCUGCUUCCAGCUCCAUCAUCAGCAAUAUCUGUGGGGAAAAAGAGGUUCCUCAUUUCAAGGUUGCUCCAGAAGAGUUCCUGAAGCUUCAGUUCCAGAGAUUCACAACUUUGAACCUCCAUCCCAGCAACACUGACAUCAGUGUCGCCGUUGCUGGGAUCUUGAAUUUCUUCAACUGCACCACUGCCUGCCUCAUCUGUGCCAAAGCUGAAUGCCUUCUAAACCUAGAGAAAUUGCUCCGACAGUUCCUUAUCUCUAAGGAAACUCUCUCCGUUCGGAUGUUGGAUGAAAGCUGGGAUCCCACCCCAUUGCUAAAAGAGAUCAGGGAUGACAAAACCGCCACCAUCAUUGUCCACGCCAAUGCUUCCAUGUCCCACACGAUCCUUAAGAAGGCAGCUGAACUGGGAAUGGUGUCAGCCUAUUAUACAUACAUCUUCACUAAUCUGGAAUUUUCUCUCCAGCAACUGGACAGCCUUAUGGACGAUCGAGUGAACAUCAUGGGGUUUUCUAUCUUCAACCAGUCCCACCCUUUCUUCCAGGAAUUUGCAGAGAGUCUCAACCAGUCAUGGUUAGAGAAUUGUGACCAUAUUCCUUUUACUGGACCAGCACUGUCUUCUGCCUUAUUAUUCGAUGCAGUCUAUGCUGUGGUCAGUGCGGUACAAGAGCUGAACCGGAGCCAGGAAAUUGGUGUAAAACCCUUGUCUUGCGGAUCUGCCCAAAUCUGGCAACAUGGCACCAGUUUGAUGAACUACCUCAGAAUGGUAGAAUUGGAAGGUCUCACUGGCCACAUAGAGUUCAACAGCAAAGGCCAACGAUCAAACUAUGCUCUGAAAAUCCUGCAGUACACCAGGAAUGGCUUCAGACAGAUCGGUCACUGGCAUGUUACAAAAGGCCUUUCGAUGGAUAACCAGAUCUUCUCAACCAACAUGUCAGAGAGCCUCUUCAACACCACGCUUCUUGUCACUACCAUCCUGGAAAACCCUUACUUCAUGCUCAAGGGCAACCAUCAAGAGCUGGAAGGGAACGACCGCUACGAGGGCUUCUGUGUGGACAUGCUCAAGGAGCUCGCGGAUAUUUUGCGCUUCAACUACAAGAUCCACCUGGUGGGAGAUGGAGUGUAUGGAGUUCCUGAGGCGAACGGAACGUGGACUGGCAUGGUUGGAGAACUGAUCGCUCGGAAAGCCGACUUGGCAGUGGCUGGCCUGACCAUUACAGCCGAGCGAGAGAAGGUGAUUGAUUUCUCAAAGCCCUUCAUGACUCUGGGGAUUAGCAUCCUCUACCGUGUUCACCUGGGGCGCAAACCUGGCUAUUUCUCUUUUCUGGAUCCGUUUUCUCCUGGGGUUUGGCUCUUCAUGUUACUUGCCUACCUUGCAGUGAGCUGCGUCCUCUUCUUGGUGAACUCACGGUACCAGACGUAUCAAAGAAUGUGGAAUUACAUGUAUUCCAAGCAGCCAAGCGUCUUUGUUAAAAGCACAGAAGAAGGCAUCGCCCGGGUGCUCAACUCCAACUAUGCUUUCCUGCUGGAGUCCACCAUGAACGAGUAUUACCGCCAGCGCAAUUGCAACCUCACCCAGGUCGGGGGCCUUCUGGACACCAAGGGCUACGGGAUUGGCAUGCCAGUCGGUUCUCUUUUCCGUGAUGAGUUUGACUUGGCCAUUCUCCAGCUGCAGGAGACCAACCGCCUGGAAAUCCUGAAGCGAAAGUGGUGGGAGGGCGGACAGUGUCCUAAAGAGGAGGACCAUCGAGCCAAGGGUCUAGGAAUGGAGAAUAUAGGUGGAAUCUUUGUGGUCCUGAUAUGUGGUUUAAUCGUAGCAAUUUUUAUGGCAGUGCUGGAGUUCUUGUGGAGUCUCCGACACUCUGAACAUUCUGAAAUAUCAGCCUGCCAGGAAAUGGCGUCGGAAUUGCGUAGCAUCAUUCUCUGCAGGGACAGUUUUCACCCCCGUCAAAGACGAGGGGCUGUUCUUCGGACUCGCCCCAUUAUACAGGAAGACCGAAGAGCCCGUACGGCUAUCACUACCACCCUCAGUAAUGGCAAACUCUGUGGUGGUGGGGACCCUGACCAGCUGGCACAGCGACUUGCACAAGAAGCUGCCCUGGUGGCUCGAGGUUGUACUCACAUCCGGGUGUGCCCUGAAUGCCGGAGGUUCCAAGGACUUCGUGUCCGGCCGGGACCAGAUUCCCUCGUGCAAAGCGACGAGAGUUUGGAAUGGGAGAAGGUGACAAACAGCAGCGAGCCCGAAUAA